GUUAUUCUUUCCUCGUGGGUUGAAUUUAGUUUACCUGAAUCUCGUAACGCCCACGACACUGCGGCUUGCUUUCGUGACUCUUGGCGCACUUUGAUUUCAGAAGUUUAUGGGCUCCUAAUCGAUAUAGAUCUCUCUCGUGUUUCUGAUAAACAGCGCCGAAAUAGCAUGAACUUACAUCAACCUAAAUCUAACGGUUGCACUAUCGCCUAUAACAACCAAUAUACUAGUGGAUAUACAAAUAUAGCUCGGCAGUACAACGGGUCGUCUGAAAGCUCACCUUUCUGGAGUUCUGCUCGUUUGUCCGAGAAGAUUGAUCUAUCUACAUCUGUUACGUCAAACCGAUUGGAUACCCUGCCUCCAAGGGGUCGAUCUGUUGGUCCCUCUGAGAGCAGGCGGGGCUACACGGGAGUUCAAAUUAAUCGGUAA